GUACUGAAGGCGCUUCCUCCCGUCUAUGAGUGUUUAUGAACCUGACCUUUUGCUAGGCAUCGAGGUUAAUGGAACAUCCUUCGCGCUCAACGGCGAACAUGCAACAUACCGGUUCCACGUCGACGAGCUCACGGGGGACCUGAUUACCGACCACUUCGGUGGUGCAGCUACGGAAGACAUCUUGCUAGCAGAACCCCGGAUCAACGGUUGGGUUGAGUUGCUCGGCCGAGUAAGACGAGAGUAUCCCGACCUCGGCCGAGGGGAUUUCCGUGUUCCUGCGGUGCGAAUUCGUCAAUCCGCCGGAUACACCAUCAGCGAUCUCCAGUACAAAUCGCACAGUGUCGUCCAAGGUAAGCCUGGUUUGCCGGGUUUGCCUGCAACUUUUGGCGAUCCCGAGGAUGUUUCGACUUUGCUCGUCCAGAUGUACGACAACUAUAGCUCCAUCGCGGUUGACCUGUCCUAUUCCAUCUUCCCAAAGUACGACGCUAUCGUCCGAAGCGUCAAAAUCACCAACCAAGGAGAGCACAACAUCACCGUCGAGAAGUUGGCUAGUCUCAGUGUCGACCUGCCGUAUGAUGACCUGGAAAUGGUUGAGCUAAGGGGAGACUGGGCCCGCGAAGCAGCGAAGGUUAGGAGGAAGGUUGAAUACGGGACUCAAGGUUUUGGCAGCACUACUGGCUAUUCGUCGCACCUCCACAACCCAUUCCUAGGGCUCGUGACCUCAACGACGACUGAGACUCAAGGUGAGGCUUGGGGAUUCUCUCUAGUCUACACGGGCUCAUUCUCCGCCGAAGUCGAGAAAGGCUCACAGGGCCUCACUCGAGCCAUGCUCGGCUUCAACCCUUACCAGCUUUCUUGGCCACUAGCCCCUAAUGAGAGUCUCACCACACCUGAGUGCGUCAUGACGUACUCCAUGUCGGGACUUGGAGGGAUGUCGCGGAACUUUCACCGUCUCUACCGCAACCACUUGAUGAAGAGUAAGUAUGCUACUAAAACCCGCCCAGUUCUGCUGAACAGCUGGGAAGGCCUUGGAUUUGACUAUAAUGAAUCUACAAUCUACACUCUUGCCCAGGAGUCGGCAAAGCUUGGCGUUAAGCUAUUCGUGCUGGAUGACGGGUGGUUCGGAAAGGAAUAUCCUCGUCUCAGUGACAAUGCUGGUCUCGGCGACUGGGAAGUGAACCCGACCCGCUUCCCUCAGGGACUACCGACCCUCGUGGAUAAAAUCAAUAAGCUUAAGGUCGCAAAUUCGUCGGUAGACCUGGAGUUUGGACUCUGGUUCGAACCCGAAAUGGUUAACCCCAACUCCACUCUGUACCAUGAGCACCCCGAGUGGGCCAUGCACGCCGGCUCAUAUCCCCGAACCCUAACGCGAAACCAACUGGUGCUAAACGUAGGCCUGCCAGAGGUGCAGGAAUUCAUAAUCGACACCGUGUCCAGCAUCCUGAGCAAGUCAUCCAUCAGCUACGUCAAAUGGGAUAACAACCGCGGAAUCCACGAGACUACCAGCCCUAGCGACGGUCACACCUACAUGCUAGGCCUGUACCACGUCCUCGACACGCUCACAUCUCGGUUCCCCGACAUAAUCUGGGAAGGCUGUGCCUCCGGCGGCGGCCGCUUCGACGCCGGAGCCCUCUAUUAUUUUCCCCAGAUCUGGACAUCCGACGAUACCGACGCCGCCGAGCGGAUCUCCAUCCAAUUCGGGACAUCCCUUGCAUACCCGCCCUCAUCCAUGGGCGCCCACAUCUCCGCCGUCCCCAACGGGGUCACAAACCGCAACACCUCCAUCGAGUUCCGCGCCCACGUCGCCAUGAUGGGCGGCUCAUUCGGGCUCGAGCUUAACCCGGCUGACAUGCCCGAAGACGAUAAGGUGAAGUUCCCCGCCAUCAUCGCGCUUGCGGAGAAGAUCAACCCUGUCGUCAUCCAGGGUGACUUUUGGCGACUGAACCUGCCGGAGGAGUCUAAUUGGCCCGCGGCCCUGUUUAUCGCAGAGGACGGCAAACAAGCUGUGCUUUUCUACUUCCAGAUGCGAGCGCUGAUCAACCACUCUUUUCCGUUUGUGCGUCUGCAGGGGCUGGAUCCGAUGGUAUCGUAUAGCGUUGAUGGGAACAAGACGUAUUCUGGGUCCACACUAAUGAAUAUCGGGCUGCAGUAUGCGUUCGAUGGCGAUUAUGAUAGUCGGGUCGUGUUCAUUGAGAAGGUCUAGACGUGGAGGUUUUAUGUGAUAAUGGAGGUGGGGUAUGGUAGGGAAGGAUUUUGGAG